GUGUAUAUUUCUGUAUUCCUCGCUGUUUUCGCUGUAUAAUAACAAUGACGACGAUUUUGAUUCUGACCCCCAGAUUUUGGCAGCCACGCUAGCGUGACUCGGACGUGACGUCACAUGUGCUUUGCAUAAUCACCGCUCGGCUCCUGGUGAUUGGACCGAUGUCGAACUUUAAUCUGCAUUCUCCCCUUUCCUCCCUCCUUUCCACUAAGACUCCUCAGUCACUCCCACAGCCCGGCUCCAUCCUUUAUGAAGGGGUGUAGCCCGUCGCCGCCUGCCGCUGCUCAAACGUGGGGAGAAGGACGUGAACACAGACGUCGACCGUCUCUCCCGCCGCUGCUGCUGCUGUUGUGUUUCUCCAGCUCCAUUGUUAACUUCAGGGACUCCUUCAGUUCAGUGUAGCUCCCCUGCUGCAGCCCAAAAGAGAGAGUCUUCGGGAAAAGACCUUUGCUCCAGUGUCAAAGGAACUGGUCUUCAAAGACACUGGACCAGAAGCAACAACAUUUGUGUCCAAAACCUUAGGAGGAGGGAAUGAAACUGGAUGGGGUUACCAUGGACACCAUGGAGCCCACUGAAGCUGCAGCAAUAGCAGAACCCUCAGAGUCUCAGGACAACGUCACCGGGCAAGCGCCGUCUCAAACGGAGGAGGUAGUGAAUGAGGCAGCAUCCGCAGCCGCUCAGACAGCCAAUGACAAACAAGUGACGGCAGAUCCCAAAGUUAAACCCAACAGUGUAGCAAAUAAAACACAGCCUAAAGCCAAAACAGCGGGGGCUGCUGGAUCCAACUCACGUCCAGGUACUGCCCCCCACAAUGCAGGAAAUGAUGUAAAAUCCUCCAAAAGUGUUUCUUCAGCUGUUGCCAAGAAAACAACAGCAACAAUGGCAUCAAAAGCCUCAGCAGCAGGAGCUCUACCUAAAAGACCACUGGGUGCAUCAGCAGCUUCCUCUAUAGCCAAGAACCAAACGAGAGUGCCUGACAAGAAACCUGUUGGACCAACCAGGACUACCUCUGCUGCUGCUGCCACAGUGACAAAUGGUUCCAAAUCAACAACGUCCAAUUGUACUCCCAAGAAAAAAACAGAGACUGUUAAUGCAACAAAACCCAAAACUACAGUUGGUCUCACCAGGCCAGCAGCUUCUACUGCUCCGAAGCCCAGCACAACAACUGCACCAAAAACUGUUGGUGCAGCUGCUUCAAGGAUGACGAGGCCUGCUACAGCUCCAUCAACAUCACGGCCUGCAGCCACCAUGUCCAGACCCACCACAGCACCAACCAAGCCCACUGCUAAUGCAGCUGCAAAAAGCACUGCUACUAAAGUUACAGUAGCACCUCCUACAGGCAGAACCACAGCAGCGCAGCCUUCCAGACCCACUGCUGCUGCCAAGAAAGAUGUUGGUCGUCCACCCUCAGCUUCACUUGCUAAGAAACCUCCAUCUAGUACAACGUCAGCUGCUGCUAAAAAACCUGAGCCCUCUAAGCCCGUGGCAUCUGUAAAGGUUAAUUCUGUUUUCAAAUCAUCUGGAACAGCAAAGCCAGCUGACUCCAAAGUGUCGCAGUCCAAAUCUUCCCAGCCAGUAAAAACAGCCACCACAAAGCCUGUUGCUCCUGUACGCUCCCUUCCGUCCAACAAACCUCCCCUUGGCCGAACCCCACCCGCCUCUCCAGCAAGCAAACCGACCAAAGGCACUACGUCUCAGCCAAAUCGUGACACCAAACCCACUAAGACUGUUUUACCUUCUACUGCGGUCAAGAAGACAAAGGCUGCAAAUGCGUCCAAACCCAUUGCCAAAACAGAAACUGCUGCAGUUGCAGCUGUCGCAGCUGUAGCAGCUGUCGCAGUAUCACCUGUUCUCAUGGAGACACAAGCAGGGUCUGCAGAGACCUCACCAGAAGGAUUGACUCCUGCUGCCUCUGCACCAGAGGAGCUCCCUCCUCCAGUCAAGACACAAGACACUCUGACAGAGGAGGCACCUCCAGAGCCUGUCCAAAUUCCUGCAGCUGCUCCAUCUCCUCCACAAAGUCCUGUCAGCACAGAAUUUACAGAAAUCUCUCCUGACCAGCAGGAGCGAGAAGACCGUGCUCCGUCACCCACUUCUCCAGAACUCAUUCCUGCCUCCGUGGAGUGUUCACCACCUUUGCCUUUACCUAUUGUAGAACCUGUAUGCGAAGAGCCCAUCCCCUUGUCAGCAGAGGAGAGCCCCUCUGCUUCUGAAUCCCUCCGACCAGAGGCUGCUGCAGCAUCAACAAAUGCUGCUCCUCAAAUAGUUUCUACCACUAAUUUGAAUGAGGAGGAGGAGGAAGAAGAUGACGAGGAGAGGGAAGGAAGUCAACAGGUUUCUGUGUCCGAAAUGAGCGGGGCUACACAGCCGACAGAGGAGUCCCGUCCUGGAUCGGCUGGAUUGGUAGGAGGCGCGGCGUGGCGAGCCAGCGGUGCCCUGCUCUCUGAGCUGGACUCUGAGGAUGUGAGUGGCAGUCAGCAGGGAGCUUCUGAACUGAGCGCCCCUGGAGUCCUGGAGGGCACAGAGAGCACAGAUGACCUGGGGGAUGGCAGUCUCAAAGGAGCUAUCGACAUGGAAGGAGCCUCAGCAGGGUCCCCAGACUUCGAGAAGGUCCCAGACAUACCAGCUAACGACUUUGAGGAGGAUGAAGAUGAAGACGAUGACGACAACGACCGCGUGUGCGACAUGGAUGUGGGUUCAGAGCGAACCGAUGAGUUGAGGAGACCGAGGCAUGACAAUGAUGUGGAUGAUGACGAGGAGGACGAUGAAGAUGUGGAUAUGGCCAGUGAGGGCGUCACAGAGAGUGGGCUAGAAAGCUAUGGGAAUGCGGAUGAGGACGACUUUGCCGAGGAUGAAAGGCUGGACAAUCUAAACAGAGUGGCCCAGCCUCCACCUCCACCUCCUCUGCUGCCUUCUGCUCCCGCUGCUCAGUGGGACCAACCAAACCCAUUUUCUGAUCACUGGGCCGAACCUCUUCAGCCGCAGCAGUUUCUAGAGCAGGUUGGUCAGGUUCCAGGAGCAGCUGCAGCCAACCCAUUCCAGGCAGACUCUGAGACCCCGACUCCAGCCCAAGCUUGGAUGGAACUGGGCUCUGCUACAUUUGUCUUGGAAUGCCAAGAGUCUUCCCAUCAAUCUUGCCAAAAUGUAGAAGCUCAGAUGCAAGUAGAUCCGUCCAGCCCUGCUCCAAUGCAGACCCUCAACCUGACUCCUGCUUCUGCUCCAGGAAUGUCCCUGUCGAGCACCGUGAGCAGCGAGACUAGCACACCUGAAGAGCUUUGUGACAACAAUCAACACGCACCAGGCACGGGGUCAUACUCUGAGCCUGACCCAAGCUUCCAGCUAGACACAGGUGCUGAGGACAGAGAGGAGGAGGCGGAGACCCUGCCAGCUGAUGAAGUCCUUGGAGGUCCUGCAACAGCGCCCACCUCCAACCCUUCAUCUUCCUCAGUAACGGAAGACGAGGCCAGUGACACAGAGGGCGAAGCUCAGCUGGACGACUCUCUGGAGAGUCCAGCAGUCGGCCACAGUACCUUCAACAUCCAGCCUUCAGCGCAGCGCUGCCUGUCCACUGUGGAAGAAGGAGAGGAGGCUGAAACAGAGGGGACUGUCGCUGUUGAAGACACCACCCCACCAUCGGCCACCUCUUUGGCGUCCUACGGCUUUGACACAAUGACCACAGCCUCAAACUCAAAUGCCCACUCCACGGGGGAGAGCUGCAUCAAGAGUCCCGGAGUGUUCUCUCUGGAGGAGCUGCCAGAAGAGGCCAAGGAGCCCUGUCUGAACCCACAGCCCUGUCUGGCUGAGCAGCCCUACAUCGAGUGCGGGAAACAGGAUCCAGAGCCGGCCGAGUUCAAAGAGGCGGAGACACUGGGGUCAGAGGAAGAGGAGGAACCCUCAGAGAAACCAGAGGAAAUCCCAGAUGACAUCCAGCCUCCUUACUAUGCUAUUUGUGAAAAGACUGAGAACUCUUUUGCAGGCUUCACUGCACUCCUGCAACCUCACCAACGCGAUCACGCCGCGUACCCCAGAAACUACUGUGACAUCAUCAAACCCCACGGCCCCUCCGUGACACCGCCGAAGCUGACCUGUGCUGACCUCCCUCCGAGAAGUCCAGGGCAGCAGGCGUUGAGCCCUCAGAUCCGCCGGCUGGAGCAACACCAGCGUCAGCUGCUGGAGCUGCAGCAUCGCCGGGAGCAGCAGAGCCGACCACUGGAGGAGGCAGAGCAGGAAAGGAAGAGGAGGGAGGAGGAAGAGGAGAGGAAGAAGAAAGAUGAAGCUGAAGAGGAAAUAAAAAGGAAUAAAGAAAAGGAGGAGGAAGAGUUAAGGGAGCAGGCGGCACUGGCAGAGAAGGAGAAAGAGGAGGAUCUGAAGCAGAGGAGAGAACUUGAACUUCAGCUGCAGCAGCAGCAGGAGGAGCUGAAGCAACGGCAGCAAAUCAUGCAGUGGCAGCAGGAGCUGCAGCAGUCCAGUAAAGGACAGACGGUGCUGCUGUCUCCUUCAUCAGGUCUCUGUACCAUCUACGAAGCCCUGGAGAGCAGCGAUGAAGAGGAUGCAGAGGAGGAUGAGGUGGUGGAGGAGCUUAUCUGCCCUAAGAAGAAGAAGGAGCCCAGAGAACAGGAAUCGCACCAGGAGCCUGAAGACGACUCUGAGCGAGUGAGUCCAAACAAAGACUUUUUCCUUUCCACUGAGGAGAGUUCUUUUAUCCCAGACCUCCCAGAGACGGCCAGCAACUCCUCACAAGAUGAAGAUUCCUCCUCCCCCUGCCCUGCUGGGUCUCCGGAGAGACCUCCUCCUCUGGACCUGGACUGGGGGAAGAAAGUGGACAUAGUCCAGCAGCUGAUCAAUCAGACCCUGCUGCUGAAUGGAGACAGCUGCUCGUCACUGCUCCUCGUGCCUGGUGGUGCUGGGGGCACCCUGAGCCCCCUGGAGAGCAGCCUGUGGCCCACACUUCUGCCUCCGCUCACUCCACCCUCUGCUACUGUCACCUCCGUCAGCAGCUUCUCUCCAGAGGCCACAGGAAGCUCCCCACAGGGAGAGUGGACAGUGGUGGAGCUGGAGACGCAUCACUGAGGAGCAGGAGACGACCACCCUGUCAGAGGUUAAACGCUCAGUUAUAUCAGCAACGUAAGACUGACAAAACACGAGUAGCAUCAAAGAGAGUGCCCCAUAUUUUUUACCACACUUGCAGCUAAUGAGAUUUAAAUUUGUUUGAUCAAUGCACCAGGUCAAACAAAUAAACCGUUAGACUCUCAGCAGCCCAUAUAAAUACAAAACAGUCAGUCAGAAGAGAACACAGCGCUGUGCAUCAGUGGUUCGCAAACAUUCCCGACAAAACAAAUUAUAUUACCAAGUUCAGUUGAAUAAUUAUUCUCAGACUCUUUGUGAUUUCAGACAGUUGCUUCUAAUGGAUUUCUGAAUAAUGUGAUUAUAAAUGAAAGCUUAAAAAAGAACAUUUUAAACUAACUUAAGUGGAAUAUUACAGAGCUUUUACACAAAUACAACUUUUUAGUGAUGCUACGGUAAAACGUUUUCUUCCUGAUGUGUAUACCAGUCAAAGGUGUUAAAAUAGAGCUGACUUCAUCAACCUGAGUUAAGACUCUUUGGACGUGUUUACCUGGAGCAGGUCGUUAGUUUUAAGAAUACAUGGGAAACUGAACUCAAAUUUCAUGUUUAGAAGAAUACACUUGUAAAACUUUUUUUAGGCCAAGUGAAAGUUCUUAAUAUUACAUAUUGAAUUAUUUAUUUUUAUUUUGUCUUAUGAGAAUUCUUGUGAUCUACUGCCUUACCUGGGUCUAUUAUUUUGGAUUAACUGAGCACUGACAGUUGAUGAAUAAGAUGUUAAAUAUUUGGAAUCCAGAUCCAUAAUUAACUGGUAAGAAAAAAA